GCAGUGUAGCUGGCUGGCGGUGACUUACACCGGGACUCCAGAGGGAGAAAGGAAGCGCUGCAGGCCACUUGCAUUGCGUCUUCCAGGCUGCGUGGACCUGGCGCCCCGGCGUGUGCGGUUGUGGGGGAGCUCGCCGUGGCGCCCCCUCCCUCUGGCUUUAGCUUCCUUUGGGGUUGGCGCAGGUGGGCCAAGCAGGACACCGCAGAUCUCCCCGUUCCCACGAAGGCUGGCUCGCUGUCUCUCUCAGAGGGGGAGGGACCAUCCUAAAACUAUGUAAAUAUCCAAGCGCUGGCUCCAGCCUGGGGCAGCAGCCAAGGUCCCUGCGCCGCCGCCGGGUGUUUUACAUGAAAAUGAGAAGCCUGAUGGGAACCACGCUCUAACUUAAGGCAGCCUGGUGAUUAGCAUGAGACUGGGCGGCUGUCCUGCUUCCUGCCCUUCAAUAGCCGUUCCGCGCGCUCGCGCCCGAGCAGCGCUGCCACCGCGCGGGGGUCGAUCGCAGGCUCGGCGUCCUUGGCAGCCAUGGCUCCGUCGCCGCCUCGGCCAGUAAGUAGGAGCAUGCAUGUGUAGGGGGCACAUGCGUGUCGGCGCACCCACCCAGCCACCCACCCGCGCGCACGCACGCACAGCGCCCGGAACCUCGGCAAGGGGAAGAUUGACGAGGCGCUGCAGUCGCGGGGACGACGCGGGCUCUUCCUGGAUUCCGCAGGAGCCCGCCCGCCGCAGCUGCUGUCUGCAGAGCCUGCUCGGAUCCUGUGCACACGCGCCCCUCGCUCGAGCCUCUGUGAUGAAGACUGCCUCCUGGGGACUGCAGCGGAGGCAGAGCCAGCCAGCGCCAGGGACUGCGGGCCGUGCGGCUGUUAGGCCCGCGGGGACACGACUCGGACACUGUCAUCCCCACGCCUCGCGCUGAGCCGCCCGGCGCGGAGGGUCUGCCGCCGCCCCUCCGGCCUCCCGCACGCCCGAUCCCGGGUCAGCCUCGGAGGCCUCGGCUGCCUCAUUUGUUUGGGUCUUUUGUGCGGUGGCUCCCGGUUGGCCAAGCACUCCUGCGCUGAAUCGGGCCAUUGUCUGCGCUCCCAUUGCCUUCACGCUGCAAGUCUCAGCGCCCCCACCCCGCCCGCCCCCUCCCCGCCUCCUCCGGGCCGGGGAGCCUCCUAACGUGCCUUUCCCCCCAGGAAUCUGGAAGCUAUAAGCCGGGCGGAUUGCAAAUGAAGUGUAAUGCAUUGUGGGACGUGUGUAAAAUCGGAGCCUUCGCCGUGGGGGUGUGGGGGGGCGUGGGGAGGGCCGGACCCGCCGCUGGCGGUGUAGACGCCGACGAGGAGGGGCUGGGAAAAUGUGCGCAGAGUCCGCCCGGGUCGUGCCCGCCGUAGACGGAUGAAGGAGCGCGCUGCGCCCCGGCGCUGAGGCCCCCGAGGAUCGGGGCGGCAGGUCGCCCUCCCCACCAUGAAGAAGACCCGGAGCACAACCUUGCGGCGAGCCUGGCCUAGCUCGGAUUUCUCGGACCGGGCCUCGGACCGCAUGAGGUCCCGCAGCGAGAAGGACUACCGCCUGCACAAGCGCUUCCCCGCGGCCUUCGCGCCCCAGGCUUCGCGGGGCUACAUGACAUCAGGUGAUGUAUCACCAAUCAGUAUGUCUCCCAUCAGUCAGUCUCAGUUUAUUCCACUCGGGGAAAUCCUCUGCUUGGCCAUCUCGGCAAUGAACUCGGCAAGAAAACCUGUCACGCAAGAAGCACUGAUGGAACACCUGACCACGUGUUUCCCAGGUGUUCCAACCCCAAGCCAAGAAAUUCUGCGGCACACGCUGAACACGCUGGUACGGGAGCGGAAAAUCUACCCAACUCCAGAUGGCUACUUCAUCGUGACCCCGCAGACUUAUUUCAUAACUCCUUCCCUCAUAAGAACUAACAGUAAAUGGUACCAUUUGGACGAGAGGAUACCUGACCGGUCUCAGUGCACCUCUCCGCAACCCGGGACCAUCACGCCCUCUGCCUCAGGCUGUGUCAGGGAAAGGACAUUGCCCCGAAACCACUGCGACUCUUGCCACUGCUGCAGAGAAGACGUGCACAGCACGCAUGCACCCACCCUGCAGAGGAAGUCUGCCAAGGACUGCAAAGACCCUUACUGCCCCCCUUCUCUGUGCCAGGUGCCACCCACUGAAAAGAGCAAAAGUACUGUAAAUUUUUCCUAUAAGACAGAAACUCUCUCAAAACCUAAAGAUAGUGAAAAGCAGUCAAAAAAAUUCGGGCUCAAGUUAUUCCGGCUAAGUUUUAAAAAAGACAAGACCAAACAGCUGGCCAAUUUUUCUGCCCAGUUUCCUCCUGAAGAGUGGCCCCUGCGAGACGAGGACACGCCAGCUACCAUCCCCCGGGAGGUAGAGAUGGAAAUCAUUAGGCGCAUUAACCCAGACCUGACCGUGGAAAAUGUCAUGCGGCACACGGCGCUCAUGAAGAAACUGGAAGAGGAAAAGGCCCAGAGGAGUAAAGCUGGGUCCUCUGCCCAUCACAGCGGGAGGAGUAAAAAGAGUAGGACUCAUCGGAAGUCCCAUGGAAAGUCUCGGUCUCACAGCAAGACACGAGUGUCUAAAGGAGACCCCUCCGACGGCUCACAUCUGGAUAUCCCAGGUGAAAGAGAGUAUGACUUCUGUGAUCCUCUUGCCAGGGUGCCCAGGGAGGGCUGCUUCAUCAUUGAACACAAAGGAGAUAACUUCAUCAUGCACAGCAACACCAACGUGCUGGAGUCCCACUUCCCCAUGACACCAGAAUGGGAUGUGUCCGGUGAAUUGGCCAAAAGGAGAACUGAGAUGCCUUUUCCUGAACCUUCUAGGGGAAGCUCCCACUCAAAAGUGCACCGAAGCCACAGCCAUACCCAGGACCGGAGGUCCAGGAAUGAGAGAUCCAACAAAGCCAAGGAGAGAUCCAGGUCCAUGGAUAACUCCAAAGGCCCUCUGGGUGCUUCUUCUCUAGGGACGCCGGAAGACCUGGCUGAAGGCUGCAGCCAAGACGACCAGACCCCCAGUCAAUCCUACAUUGACGACAGUACUUUAAGGCCUGCACAGACUGUUGGUCACCAAAGGGCUCACAUUUCGUCCACAAGCUAUAAAGAGGUGUGUAUUCCAGAGAUAGUCAGUGGGAGCAAGGAACCAUCCAGCGCUUGUAGCCUUUUGGAGCCAGGCAAACCACCUGAGAGUUUGCCGUCCUAUGGCGAACUCAACUCUUGUCCAACAAAAACAGCCACAGAUGACUAUUUCCAGUGCAACACCUCUAGUGAGACAGUGCUCACGGCACCAUCACCUCUGGGAAAGAACAAGGAGGACCAUGACACCCUGACUUUGGUAGAAGGGGUGAAAAAGCUCUCCCCAUCUGAUAGGCAGGUCCCCCACUCCUCCAGGGAGCCUGUAGGACACAAGGAGGAGUCACCAAAAGGGCCGGGUGGGGGCCCAGCUGCUUCGGGAGGAGUGGCUGAAGGGAUCGCCAACGGACGCCUCAUCCAGCACCAUGGUGCCGAGCCCAGCAGCUUGGACAAGAGGAAAGAGAUAUUUAGCAAAGACACCCUGUUCAAACCUCUUCACAGCACCUUGUCUGUAAACAGCUAUCACAAAUCCAGCCUGUCCCUCCUCAAAUCUCACCCGAAGACACCUACUGACACGUUGCCAGGCCGAUGUGAGAAACUGGAACCGUCCUUGGGGACCUCGGCGGCGCAAGCCACGCCUGCUUCCCAACGUCAGCAGGAGUCAGGAGGGAACCAGGAAACCUCUUUUGACUAUUACAACGUCUCUGAUGAUGAUGACUCUGAGGAAGGGGCAAACAAGAACACGGAGGAGGAGAAAAAUAGAGAGGACGUAGGCACCAUGCAGUGGCUCCUCGAGAGGGAGAAGGAAAGAGACCUGCAGAGGAAAUUUGAAAAGAACCUCACCCUUCUCGCCCCGAAAGAAACCGACAGCAGCAGCAACCAGAGAGCCACCCAUUCAGCCCGACUCGACAGCAUGGACAGCAGCAGCAUCACAGUGGACAGUGGAUUCAACUCCCCACGUACUCGGGAGAGCCUGGCUUCCAACACUUCAAGCAUUGUUGAAAGUAACCGUCGUCAGAACCCUGCUUUGAGCCCGGCCCAUGGUGGAGCUGGUCCAGCCUUCAACUUCCGAGCGAGCACGGACCCGCCGACAAAUGAAGCUGAGAAGCUGCAGAAACCUUCCAACUGCUUGCAAGCUUCUGUUACUAGUGUGUGAUAGUCCUUCUGCCUCAGAUCUUCUGUCUCAUUCGAUACAGCAAAGUUUACGACACUGGGACUGAUGUUUACAUCUUUGGAAAGACAAGCAUCUCAACCACAGUUUUUGUGUUUACUUAAACUGUGCUGCUAAGUAGGGCUAGGGCAAAAAAAACACAAAAAAUCUUUAUUUCAGAGUAUUGCUUUUCACAUUUAUGGCUCUGUAGCAACUGAAUAACAGUAGGGGUGAUAUGUAUACUUUUGCUUCACUAAUUGUAUCUGAGCACACAUAGGAAAGUCUAGACACUGUAAAUGUAAUAUGCAUUUUCAAUGUCAUGCAGUUGCCAAUUCCAUUUUAAAAUGCCACAGAUGCGUGUUGCUCCCAGUCUGUGGUUAAACGGUGCCACAGAACUGAUCCUUGACACUUCCAAAAACAAAAACAAAAAAAAAACAGAAAACAAACAAAA